GGCACUCGAGGAAUCCAAGUUGAGCACUCUGGGACCUGAAGAAGAAACAACAUGGCGGCUGCCAUACAUUGAUAUACAGUGGAUAGAGAUGGUGGUCGUUUUAGUAGAGUUUUGUUUGUAAUAGUCUCUGCAUAGUGUUUAACACGACAUGGAACACACACAGCAGCCUCCUGAUUACUACAGCGGCUAUCAGGAUACUCCGUACCCCGUUAACAGACCUCCGUACGGAGCCGCGCCUCAGGCAGCGACACAGCCGGACCCCAGCGCUCCUCAGUGGCCCCCCACACCGGGAUACGACCUGUACGGAUUCAGGUACGACCUCCCGGCUAUGCCCCCCGGAGCAGGAGGCGGGGGUUUCGGAGGACCUCACUUCCCUCCUCCGUUUGGGUUUGACCCCUCCGUCCCCCCGCCGCCCCUUGGUUGUCCCCCCCCGGGACUCUUCCCCAGUCUAGAGCCCCCCGCCCCGUUAACCAACUCACCAUUUCAGCCACCCAGUCAGCAGUUCAGACCAGGUCCCCAGAGUGCUCGGUAUGAUCUAGACUCAGGUCAGAGUCCGCUGCACCCUCAGCGAGGUCCUGACCGGGGUCCAGGAACCCAGAGGCGAGCUGAGGAUGACGCCGACCUUCAGAGGACCCAGGACCAGCAGUGGAUCAGACGCUUCCUACAGAGCAGAGGCAAGAUCUGCUUGAGCUCGCAGACCAAGCAGCCCCGGACAGUCUCAGACCAGCAGCCCCGGACAGUCUCAGACCUGCAGCCCCGGACAGUCUCAGACCUGCAGCCCCGAACAGUCUCAGACCAGCAUUCCCAGCAGAGUGUCCCCGAGCUGAGGCGGUCUCUGUCCAGGGCGGCUCAGCUUGUCUCCCAGUUGACUGAGACCUGUGAAUCUCUGAGGAGCAGCAUUGAGGAGGACAGUGAGUGGACUCAGUCUUAUUCAGGGGCUCUGAAGGUUAAAGAUGAGCUUCAGGACCUGCUGGUUGUCCUCAGGGACAGUGAGAGAUUAGCCUGCUGGAAGACUAAACUGAGCCGCAUCUCAGAGAGGAGGUCCAGGAAGCGGAGGUCCAGGAGACUGCUGCAGCUAGAGGAGCAGCAGAGGGAGGAGCGCAGUGCGGAGAAGGAAGCUGCCAUAGACAGAUGGAGGCUCCAGCAGAUCCAGCAGGUGGAGGAGAGGAAGAAGGAGCUGGAGGUGAAGCGUGCUGCAGACUCAGUGCUCUGUGAGGUGAGGAAGAAGCAGACGGAUGUGAAGAGGAUGCAGGAUGUGCUGAGAUCUGUGGAGAAGCUACGCAAACUGAGGAAGGAGGCUGCGUCCAGGAAAGGUAUCCUCACAGAGCCAGAGUGUGAUGAUGCAUUCAGGGAGCGUGUGGAGCAGCUGAGGGGUGUGAUGAAGAGGAGGACAGCGGUGUACUGUGUGGAGGAGAAGGCUCUGAGGGUGAUGCUGGAGGGGGAGCAGGAGGAGGAGAGGAGGAGGGAGCAGGAGAGGAAGGGGAGGAAGGAGAGAGAGAGACAGCUGAAGAGGAGAAGCAGAGCACAAGCCAUGCUGUUUGGAGAGGACUUUCCAGCUGACACUGUGCUGCAGCCGUUCACACAGUUUCACACUCAGGCCGAGAGGAGUCUGCUCGCUUUGCUGCACAUCAGGAGGGAGUGGGACAUGUUCGUGGUGGUGGCCGAUCAUCCUGACGGCUCUCCUGUGCCUCAAGCAUGGGUCAUACCUGACCCUCCCUCAGACCAGGUGUGGGCCUCUUCCCUUCAGACUGAUGAUACACAGGGAGACAAAAUCUGUGUGUAAUCUACAGCACACACACAUGCACAAAGGAGGGUGAGUCUGUUCUUUGCCACUCUCUCACCUGUACAUGGACUCUACAGGUGAGGGUCAGGAGGAACUCAGAGCAUCAGGAUGAUAGUGUGAAAUUUGUGACAGAUGCAAAACAUGAUUCCAAGAUCUGGUCAUGUUAGGUGAUGUGCUCCCUGCUGUUUGUGUAUGUUUCUGUUUGAUGAUAAAGGGUCAUUUUAUUUUUGUUUAGUUUUUUUAAUGCACAGGAAAUGUCUAAUCAAAUAAAAUCAAUCCAACAAUC